UACUUUUGUGAUGCUGAUUGGAUUUUCCAGGUAUAAUCUCGACCCCUGCUGAUUGUUUGAAAAAUGAGCCAAUACACACAAGUGAUCGCAGACUUUGCAUAGCCAGAAAGGAAGGCAAAGGUCUGAAAGUAAACACAGGCGGCAAAAAUUAAUUUGGAGUGUUUAUUACUGAACUUAAGUGCAUAUCGCUAGUAACAUAAGACCGGUUUAGUUCUCAAUCAACCGAUCCAACAUGAAAACCGGGACGAUUCUUGCUUACGUACUUUGCGGAGUGAUAAUAAUCUGUGCCUGGGUCGUUUGCUUCCUGCCGACAAUAUUUUACAUGAAUCCUUUGGAAAUACCGCCAAAUGAAAAUCAUGUUAAUGUGAGGUAUGUGUUAAGGUAUAUUCGACGAAAAACGUAGUCAUACUACAUUAUUCUCAAGAAAACGUCAUAUUAAAUUAAUCUCAUAUUGCUGAGAUCAAGGAUUGAAUGUUAAUAGAUCUUAAGGCCAAUAUACAGACCGGACACGAUUUGGCAAUGCAACGCGAUUCUUAAUAGCAUAUAACAACAUCAUUCUAAUCACCGCCAAAUGUAUGUCAUACAUGCAGUGAUUAUGAGCGGACUUUCUUGUAAAUAAAUAUAAAUAUUAUCCAGCUCUUCAGUAUAUAUAACUCCUCCUAGUGUAGUAUAAUACUGUUUUAGGAGUAUUUCAUUAAAGCAUUCAUUAAAGCAUUGAAGCUUAAAGCGAAUUUUCAAUUUUUUAACUUUGAAAUAUUUAGAAGCGCUGUAACAUUUUGAGUUAUUUGGUCUUCAUAUAUCCUUUAAAAUUUCCUUUCAUUGGCUGUUUUAUUAACUUUAUCAAAAACUGAACAAUCGUAGUGAAAUCGGGUCUAGGCUCUUACUGUUUACUGCACUUUUGCCUCAUCGCCCCAUUUCCAUGUUGCCUGUUUUAGCAUAGCGCACAUGAUUAAGGUUAUCUAUUCAUUGUUCUUUGCAGUUUCAGAUUCGACUAAAGCCUGCUUGGAAUUUUGCAGGGGAAAUUGUAAGUUUUGAAGGAUUUGUAACAGAAAUGUUUGAGACUCCGUGUUAAACUAUAAGUCAGUUCCCUCAACUGACAUUUCCUGCAAAUCCUUCAAAACUUAGAAUUUACCCAUGCAAAACAGCUACUGUGUCUGCAAUCACAGAAACCAGCACUGCUAUUCAAAGAUCUCUCAUUGCGCUACAGUGAGGCAAUAUAUCUUUCUGUCGUGACGUCGUUAGCUUACCCUAUGUCUACGUGCGAAACAGGUUGUGACUAUAGUGCGCGCAUAAGGCAAAUCUUGCACUCGCAGUAAAGGCAGCUCUUUAUUAUCUAAUGAGUAAUGACUAAUACAGCGCGCGUCUUCUGAUCGUGAAAAGAUUUCGUGUUGUUAACUUGAAUAGAAUAUGUAAUAUAUCUUUGGAAACAAUUCGUAUUAAAAACGGAGAUAGGAAUUAUAAACAUAUUCCCAGUGAGCCGGAAUACCGGCGAUCCAAAUGGGAAAAUGUGCCGCGAUUCCCAGGACACGUGAAAAUGAUAACUUUCUCGUUUGCCUGAUCAGUUUCAUUAAAACAACGAAUAAGUGUAGUCUAAUGCCAGUAUACACUAUGUUUCCCAUAACCGUAUAUGCCUUCAUUUGUUUACAGAUAAAACUCAAAAGAGCCGAACGUUUUUCGAGAGUAAUCUUAAACCUACAUGCCUGGACUUGUCCAUUGAUUCUUGAAAAAUCAACAUUUAGGAGGCCUGUUUUUUAGUUCAAUCAUAUCGUAAUACCGUAGCGCGCGCGCUUUUUUUUCGUCAAAGUCAUCAAGUAACUAAGACUAUGUGCCUCAGAUGUACUUGUAUUUUAUCAAUAUUUUAUUAAAGCUUCGUCUUCGGAUUGAAAAAGAUGUAAUCGUUUACAAUCCUGAAAAAUAAUCUUGAAGUGUAGUGCCAAUUAAUACACCCUUUCUUAUUAUUGGGGCUACACUAGCAAAGACUGCUCAAGACGUUAUUGAUUAAAACAAUCAAUCUUAACCAAUCUUGUUCAGUUGUUUUGACCAAAUAAUAUUGGUCAAAAGAAAAUGCAUCUGAGACAACCAAUUCAAAUUGGUUAUUUUAACCAAUCCGUUUUUACAGUGCACGUUAUCUAAGCAAUAGUCACAGGGAAAUUGUGAAUAUGGCCGACAUUCCUCUCUGCCACCACUUUUGUUACAUAACAUACUUUUAAGAUGAAAAAUAAAAGAAAUAGGAUAAAAAAUAAUCAGACUACUUUUUAAAAUAAAUUCCCCUGUGUAACAUGGCCAUUAAAUUGAUGUCGCAUGUGAAUCAUUUAAUCUGUUGCUACAGUAGUUAGGUGAACAGGAAGACAGACAGAAGAUUGGGUCAUUCCAGAAAGACACCCCCCCCCCCCCACAAAGGAAAUUUCUGCAGUCCAGAGGGAAAGGGGAGAAAAAAUUGUUUCUGAUAACUGAUAAGUGUAUUAGGACAUCCGAAAGGGGGUUAACUUCCAAUUUCCUUGAUAGGAGAGGGACGGAUGUUUUCUGAAAUGACCCAUUUAGCAAAGCGUGGAUCAUUAUGUAUACUUCUUGCUUUUUUGUCUAGUUUGAAUACCUCUCUCAUGCCACUAUUCCCAUGCAAUCCACCUUUGAUUUUCUCCAAUCAGUCUGGAUUUUGCAAGCCUGCCUGUGAUUGGCUGCCAUUUAGCAAGCAAGAGCAACAUGGAAUGUUAAUCGCGGAUUGGAUAACGACCAUAUUCUGUAUAACAUGCUUCUGUAUUAUCCUCGCCACAUGGCUCAAACUACCUGAAUUGUAAGUGAGACACAGUGAUUAUCCAACUAAUCCUCUAACAACCCCAAUAUUCCAAUCCUAACAUUAAUCCAAUACUAAUAAUCCUUACUUAAUCUAAACCUUAAAGAUGUUCUAAAGGCUGUUCUGUGCAUCAGUUCUGCUAAUAACAAAGGGACACACAUGCACACACACACACACACAUAUAUAUAUAUAUAUAUAUAUAUAAACAUCCCCUUUCUUGGCUUUAUAAUAGCUGUAAUUAAUUUUACACUAUUGUUAAUCCCAAGGAUGACUACAACCUAGUCGAAACGUCGAUUAAAAAUCAAAAUGUUAUUCAGAGUUACUGUUAUUUUGUAUUUUCUUAAAAUACUGAGUGGUUCCCAUAAUUAUUGCCAAAUUUGUUCUGCUUAUUGAAAUUUUGGGUUGGAAGCAUUAGCUACUUUCUCAUACCAGAGCAGUGGUGUAGCCAGUCCGAUAAAUAUUUAAUCCCGCUAUGCAAAUUCAAAAUUAUUAUGAUUACUCAUUUCUUUAGAAAUUGACUAUUUUCACAGUCAAUGAACAUGAAAAUAUUUGCACGGCAGGACUAAAUCGUUGGGCUGGCUACACUGGUGUACAAGAGCCCUUCUUGUGCUGUUUUACCAGCCUCGUAUCUAGCCCUCUCAAAGUUUCGGCAAGUGUAGGCCAAGCAUAUGCAGCUGCUGAGUUAGCGGUUAUUUGAUGCCGUCAGGAUGCUAUAUAGUUUUGCCACCAUAUUUCAAAAAAUCAGGUGAGAAUUUUCACAAAAUGGGAUUAUAAUAUAUCUGACAAAAAAUAAAUUUCUUAUUAUUUUAGGACAUUUGUAUAAAACAAUAUCAUAAAGUAUUUUUUAUGUUCAAAAAUGUAAAACACAUAGACUAUUUACUUUAAUUGUUCAAGAGAAAUUUGCAACAGACUUAAUUUUAGAAUUUCAACGUGUGGUGGUCAAAACUUUACAAAGAAAACGUGUGUUUAUAAAUUGUAAUAAAUACUGUUUAAAGAACCAUUCCUUUAAAAUAUUUUCCUAAUUAUAUCUUACCACAUAGUAAACAAAUCUUUGAAGCCAUUUUAAAGUUCUUUGGGCUAGUAGUUACGUUUCAAAGUCGAUAUAUUCAUUCAUCUUUCACGAAGUCGACAAGCUAGAAGAAGCCAUUGUCUCGCAAAGCCUUCCCGGCUGUUCGCGGGCAAAAUUGAAAUUAAGCUCAACAACCAAUCAAAAUACUUCAAAUCUGAGCAAGCACUCCAGAUCAACUCAAAAUCGCUAUUCAACUAUACGCCCAAUCUAUAAUAUUCACAUUAUGAAUUGUUUUUAGCAUGAAAUUCCCACAUUUUAUAAUCCUUUUGAUGGCUGGAAUAACUGCUUUCAUUGGUAAGAGAUUACUUGAACUAUUAUCUAUUUUAAAAAUCAUAUAAAUAUCGUUCUCUCCGGUGGCCUCUAUAGACACAGACUUCAAAACACUACGGGAGUGAUAUCGCACAGAUUGAUUGAUAGCUAAUAUAUGCAGGGCCGGCCGCCCAGAGGGGAGCAGGGGGUGAAAAGGGGCAAUUUGCCCCGGGCCCCAGACUUAAGGGGCCCUAAACUACAAUUGGUUUGUAUAAAAGUACUAAAACUGUCUGUACCAGUGUAGGUAGUACCAAUGUGAAAAUCUGUGCUGAGUGGUUAUGUUACUAACCAGGGGGCCUUCGCUCGAAACGUCGAGUUUCUGCUUAUUUUUUAAGGUAGUUUGUAUAAAAGGAUUGCAUUAAUUUAAAUCUUAUAUAUAGAGAUCCUAGUUAUCAUACCAAAGCUUGGAAAGGAAUCCGAAUUUUUCUGCUCAAGUGUGUUUGCAGACGAGGCCAUUAACAAGCCUACAGCGUUCUGUGAAACCCAGGGUGUUUUGAUUCAUUAUACCAGUUUGGUGAUUGGAGAGCUGUUUGUCAUUUACAAUGCAGUUUUACUCAAGGUUUGACUGACAAUCUGACUAUUCAUAUACAAAAAGUCAAAGUUUCUGUGAUUACAGUAGGAAUUUUGCAUAGGUAAAUUCUACGCUUUGAAAGAUUUGUAAGAAAUGUUUGAGGGAAUUACUGAUACUGAUUCAGAUCACUUAAACAUUUCUUAAAUCCUUCAAAACUUAGACUUUACUUAUGCAAAAUUCCUACUGUGAUCACAGAAACUUUGAUAGUGUAAUUAAACCAGCCUUAAGUUUUAUGAAAAAGGCCAUUUCUGUUUUUGACGAGGUGUUUAUGUUUUUUUUUCAGCAUUUGGUUCUUGACAAGCUACCAUGCGAAAGUUAUAGCAAAAAGUUUCUAAGCAUCUUAUUCCUAGCAGUUCUAAUACUCCCAAUAUUUCCAGUAAUUUAUGUAUUGAAAGCUGGUGACAGUUACACUGUACUGUAUUUGCGAUAUUGUUUUCCGAGAAAUGCGGACGAAGGGUAUUUUUCAUGCUUGCUGCCCCAACAACUGUUCGUGGGUAUUGGUACAACAUGUAUCCUACUGGUGAUUUUUAAACUCAUUAAGGUACGCCAAUGUUGCAAAAUUUAUUUUUGCGCUUUUUCGCAGCAUUAAUUAACAAUUAUUCGCCGAAGGCGAGGUGAUUAUCGGUGAAUAAAAACCGAGACGAAGUCGAGGUUUUUAUUCACGAUAAUCACCGAGCCUGAGGUGAAUAAUUGUUUUAGUAUAAUUUCAUAGGCGAUUAUUUGGGAAAAAUAAGAAAAUACACAUUUCUUCGUCAUUUAAUUGUCAAAAAGGCUUCGGCCGCCAUUUUGAAAAUCGCUUAGGUGAUUAUCGCGUAAUAAUCACCUCAUCGGCAACCAAUCAGCGUGGAGAAUUUUCAAUAAUCACCUAUGUAAUUAUACUAAUGACUAUUGUUUCGAGUAAAAGCUAGUGGCAAUCACUCAAGCUAGAUUGUUGAAUACUUUCAAAAAUGAGUAAAAUGGACGGUUAUGGAGAUAUAUUGCCGUGGUAUAAAGAUAACCAGACGGUUAUUUAUUUCAUGUGUUUCCCACUCAUGGAUUUUAUUUAUUUAUUAUGCUUUGCCAGUUUCACACAAUCAUAUCUGCACAAAUACAAAAAUAUACAAACUAUCAAUCAAUCAGUGGCAGGGUAUAUGCUACAGCUUACGCCAAUUACAACAGCCCUUACAGAACGAAUAUGAUACAUUCUAUAUUAGAUCUUUAGUAAUUUAAAAAGGCCAGUUUGCACCCAGGAAAACCCUCCGCAGGAUAGUAACGGAAAGGAAAGUUACAUAGUUUUAAACGAGCUUGAGAAAUAGUACAUCAAAUUCUAUUGUAUAUUACUAGGAAAGAAAAUCCAGUUUAAUUGGAUCUCCCAGCCAAGCAAGAAGACGACAAAUUCAGCUGCAAAAGAUUGCUAUUCAAUUCAUAAUCGUGAUAAUAUCAUACAUCGUGUGUGUUUAUCUCAGUUAUGGCGUGCUCUGUAUUCAACUGAACAACAGAAGAACUUUGGGAAAGUCGUUAGAGGAAUAUUUUGGAUGUUUGAUUUUCACGAAAAAUUGCCCAGAAGGUAAAAGUAGUAUUUUAACUAAUUGGCUUCACAACGGCUCCCUGUUUAACUCCAGCUAUCGAACACUACAUAUUUUCGGUUAUCAACGAAUCAAUUAUCUUUCGGUCACAAGACUGUCAAGAAAAGAAUUGGGGUCAAGAUUAAACAGAAAUAUAUUCCUGCCUGUAACAUGACGAUACUACAUAUCAUGCAUCAGACUGGGGGAACGAAUACAUUUGCCAUUGAUCGAGAACCCAGUUCCAACCCUGGAUCUCUGGGGAGAACAGUUAAAAACUGAUAGACUGCUAAUCCAGCGUAUAAUGUCCAAUUAUGAACUUCUCUGGGCAUCUCAGUCGAUAUAUUAAUUGUUGAAUGGAUUAGUAGAUAGUAAUUUCGAAUGCUUUUAAUUAAUUAGCCUGCGAACAGGCUCUCAAGCUGAAUUGAGAGCCUGCAUCGAUGAUUAAUGAAUUUGAAUAUCUGCCCCGUAACAUUCGUUUUUCCAAAUAUGGAAUGUCUAUCCUUAUAUGGUGUUGUUUACAACUUUCGUGCAAACUAAAUUUAGACCGUACAGUUUAUACUGUUUUUCGAUAUAUAAGAUAAUAUUCAAGCAAAAGUUCAAAUGUUUUAAAUACUGUAGUCUCAAAACAGAACAUUUCGUGCUUUGAGAUAAGAUGGCCAAGACCAAUUUGAUCAGUUAAUGUGUUUUUUAUGCAUAGUUCAGCAGUUGACAUAUAUAGAGCUCAGCGGAAACAUAUAAAUUAUAGCAUCUGACCAAUGAGAAUUUCGCGUCACGAUUUGAGACGCAGAUAUUCAAAUUCAUUAGUCAUCGAUGCAGGCUCUCAAUUCAGCUUGAGAGCCUGUUCGCAGGCUAUUAAUUAAUAGGUCUAUCCAGCAGCAAUCUCGUACCCAGAGCAAUGCCUGUACGCGGGCUAGGAUGGCAUUGGCUCUGGGGAAAUUGAAAACCGGAACCCCUAAAUUCUGGGGUUCCGGUUGUUGUGAGCAUGCUCAAAAGCCCCACCGCUUAAACACGGGGAGUGCAGACUGCAGACUCCAGCGUAAUAUUUAUGUUUGGAAAUCAUAUAAUUUCAUGGUACAACAAUACAGUUUUCUGACAUUGAAAUGAUUGAAUACGUCGGGCUUGAAUCAGAAAAGGUAUGGUUUAAAAUUUAUGAAAUUUUUUAUUUAUACUGGCUAUAUUCACCGCAUAUCAGUUUGUUUAUAUAACGUCUUAUUAUUUUUAUAAGUUUUUCAAGAAUUUGAGAUACUGAACUUAAUAUAAUAAUUUAUUAAAAACUGUUUUAAAAUAAAUAAACUUUUAAACUGGAAAACUAUGAUGAACGUUUAAACCAAUCACAACACAGGAAAAAUUCAAUUUCCCCAGAGCCAAUGCCAUCCUAGCCCGCGUACAGGCAUUGCUCUGGGUACGAGAUUGAUCCAGCAGCAGUUACGAAAAAAUGCAACCAACGGCCUUCGGCAGGAUCGGCAAGCAUCUACUAAUCUAAUAUUGAAUAGACAACUUGCAUGUUAGACAAAUUUUUGAUCUAGCCGAUCUAGGCAAAAAAAAAAGUAAAUUCCCGUUAAGAACUUAUUAAAAUUAGUAAACUUGCAAAAUUUGGUUGUGAAAUGUUGUAAAGCUCGGAAAAUAUAGCUUUGCAAAGUUUGCAUAUUUUCAGUAUAUUUGUAUUACUUGCGGAAAUUGUUACCAUUUUCGGCUCAAAAAUGGUAACAAUUUCCGCAAGUAAUACAAAUAUACUGAAAAUAUGCAAACUUUGCAAGGCUAUAUUUUCCAAGCUUUACAACAUUUCGCAACCAAAUUUUGCACUUUUACUAAUUUCAAUAUGUUCUUUUUAGCUGUGGUGUCUGAUUCCCUUUUCUCUGCUUAGAUUAAAAUUUUGUCUAACAUGCAAGUUGUCCAUUGUCUUUAGAUUUUCGCGAGUAUGUAACUCCGUAUGGUCUGAUGAUUGUUUUCCUGCUGGCUGGAAUCGUUUUCCAAGGUGGCACAUUUAUUCUUCUGGUUGGCAAACAAAAAGCGAGAAAUUUAUGGCGAUCCUGGUGGUUUGAUUUGACGACAAAAUGUCGGCACCCAAAGCCAGCAAAGGGAAGAAUGCCGAGAAGUACGUCAUCCGCUCAAGAAUUGCAACCUUCGACAAGCGAAAAAAAGACGGACACUAAAAACUAGGUUAUGUCGUUAAGUUGAAACUAUACACCUAGGGCCAGUUGUUCAAAGGUAGGUUAGUGCUAACCCUGGGUUAAAAUUUAACCUGCUGUUUCAGUUUCUGUAUUUCUACACGUCUGUUUAUUUCAAAACUUCAGAGAAGUAAACUCCUGUUGGUCCAGACAAUAUCUCUGAAGAAAUAUUUCCAAAUUUAUAAACAAGCUGUCAGGAAGUUUGCUUUGAAUUUUAGGUUAACCUAGGGUUAAACUAACCCAGCUUUGAACAGCUGGCCCCUAAUGAUAAUGAGCUAAAUUACGUUUGCAUCGAGUUCCUUAACCUUCUUAUUUUACGCUUUAACCAAAUUCUUAACCUUAUAAAUGUUAACCUUAAUCCUAACCUAACCGUUGCGUUGAAUAACAUAAAAUAAAAAAUAACAGAAUAUAACAUAAAACAACUUUCGAAAAAAUAAUCUAGCAUUAAAAUGCUGUACUUUACAAAUACUUUAUACAUUGUUAUAGCUGCAAAUUAUGAAAUUUUAAUCCAAAGAGGUCGCGGUCAAUAAAUGUUACCUGGUAUGCUCCGAAUCUUUACCUUAAUACACAUGGAGUCUGGUAUGCUCUGAAUCUUUACACUAAUACACAUGGAGUCUGGUAUGCUCUGAAUCUUUACCUUAAAACACAUGGAGUCUGGUAUGCUCCGAAUCUUUACCUUAAUACACAUGGAGUCUGGUAUGCUCCGAAUCUUUACUUUAAUACCCAUGGAGUCUGGUAUGCUCUGAAUCUUUACCCUAAUACACAUGGAGUCUGGUAUGCUCUGAAUCUUUACCUUAAAACACAUGGAGUCUGGUAUGCUCCGAAUCUUUACCUUAAUACACAUGGAGUCUGGUAUGCUCCGAAUCUUUACUUUAAUACCCAUGGAGUCUGGUAUGCUCUGAAUCUUUACCCUAAUACACAUGGAGUCUGGUAUGCUCCGAAUCUUUACCUUAAAACACAUGGAGUAACAUUCAUAGAAAUACUAUAGAAGUACUCGAUUCAGUUUACAUUCUUCCACAAAGUUAUACUCCAUUUCAGCGAAAUGCGACCUUGCUUCAUCCAGGAACAUUCUAAAUGCAGGAUUUUCAGGAAAAUCAUUCAUCAUUACGGUAUCAUUAUAAUCAAGAAUCCCAGGAACCUUCUCCCUGGGCGUAAACGGACCAUACGCUUCCACUUGAACCUUGUACUUCGUGAGGCGAUGGCGAAGCAUGACGUAUUGCUGUAGUUCUUUUGUGAACAGAUCUUUAUUCUGAAGAAAUGCAGGAUCUUUUAAGUUUUCUUUUAGUUCCUGGGUCAGGCUUCGUUCAAUCGUUUUGAUCUUGUCGUCUAAAUUGUCUAAAACAGUAAAAGAAAACAGUAAAAGAAAACAUGAAGUCGUUUGCAAGUAAAUGUUGCUUGUGAUGUUACUCUGAGUGUAUAUCCACACCGGGCAAGCUUGGAAAAUAUGCCUGGCCACGGUGGGAAUCGAACCUACGACCUUUGAUAGGUUCGAUUCCCACCGUGGCCAGGCAUAUUUUCCAAGCUUGUCCGGUGUGGAUAUACACUCAGAGCCAACAUCACAAACAUCAUAUUCACCUGAGUACAUUACACCAACACAGAAAACAAGUAAAUGUUGGUUGUAAAUUAGUAUGGAAAUAGGUGGAAAAGUGAAUAAAUUUGCUUUAUUUAUAUAAGACAGCUCUAUCGGUUCUACACUGUUCACCCUACAGCUCCAGUAAGGGCCAUCCCUCAUCCACUCAAAUCUUAUUACAGGAACAAACCUUUGAGCCACAUAUGGUCGUAAGGAUUGAGGCUACGUUUACGCUGUAUCAGAUAGCUUUCUGUAGCGACAUGAAAAAAACACCUAUCUCUACCUUUUAGGAACGCUAUUUUCAGAGGAAUUAUUGCAACAGAGAGAUGUUGUUUCGGCCAGUUUCUGAAAGUUGUACAUUCCGUAUCGGACAGGUGCUUUUUCACGCCGCUACGGAAACCUAUCCGAUAUAGUGUAAAUGCAGCCUGAGUUACGAUCUUUCCGGACAGCUGAAAUACAACAGCUUAACACUGAUAAUAGGCAGAGUGAUUAUACAGAACACUUAUGAUUUCUAUGUGGUUGACAGGUAAAAAACUAUUAUAAUCUGGCUGUUGAGAAAGAUCGUGACUCAAUCUUUAUGACAGAUAUAACUACAUGGGAACCAGGUUUAAGUAACAUAACUUUAUUUGAUCAGUGUUAAGCUGGAGUUACACGAGCAACAAAAUUUGUGCAACUUGCAACAAAAUCUGAUUUCUACGCAUGUUAAUUGAAAAUGUUUAUACAUACAUUACAAAGUCACGAGGCAACAUGUGUCGACAUUUCUACUUAACAUGCGUUGAAAUCAGAUUUUGUUGCAAGUUGCAGCAAUUUUGUUGCUCGUAUUACUCCAGCUUUACCAAAGCAGGCAACUGUAGUAGCUGGGGAAGAGUUGUGGUGUGUGAUACCUGCACAGGUACAUUAGCAAGGUCGCACCAACAAGCAAAAAAUUUAAACGUUUAAUAAAAUGGGAUUGACGACAAUAGGUUACCUGGUUUCCAUUUUCUAAACUCUUUCGGCCAACUUGCGCCACCUCGACCAAUAUAAUCAAUCGCUGGAUCACCUAACAAAAGAUCAUGUAUUGUUACGCUGGAAUUACACUGGCACAAUAAGGGAAGCCAAUUGCUG